AGAUGGAUUAAAGUUGUCUGGAUUUUCUCUUUCUUUGAGAAAGACAGCAUUCAUUUGCACCUGACCUGGGAUUUUUAUGCUGGGCUGCUGCAGGGGCUUGGAGGAAGAAAGCGGCGCUAUCCAUGUGCGGUUACUACCGAAACCGAGGAAACUGGGGCUUGCGCUGGAAGUCUGCACCCUCGAGUGAGUUCGGAUUCGAGCUGGGCCGUGGGGCCGGGAGAUUCAGCACUGGGCUCUAGGUAGCCCCUGGGACGCCCGCGGCCACCGGGCUCGGGACUGCACGUGCGGCUCCCCCCGCGCCUUGCAGAUCCUGCAGGGGGCACCAGCUGGGGGAGGUGGAGGCUCCUCCCGCCCGGAGCUGCGCCCCCACCGGCUCUGAGGGUGUAGCCGCCAGCGCCUGGGACUCCCCCUCCCCGCAAAGUGUCCCCGAAUUGCACUCUCUGGCCCCGGAGCAGCAUCUGAGACAGCCGGGCGCCACGGCAGCCCUGAGUUGGAUGUGACCAAGCCCAGCCUGGGGCCAAGUCGUCGUCGACUGUUGCCCUCUCGGACCCUCCCGCCCCCGCCUCGGCCAUGGCCCCGGGGAUGUCGGGCCGCGGCGGCGCCGCCCUGCUCUGCCUCUCAGCGCUGUUCGCCCACGUCUGUGGCCAAAGGGAGAAGGGAGAGAGCUGGAUCCCUGGAGACCCUACACCAGCUGAGACAGCAGCCUCUGGCCGCUCCCACCCAGCCAGCCCCAGCCCGCCGGGGCCACAGGCCAGCCCGGUGCUGCCAGUCAGCUACCGCCUGUCGCACACGCGGCUGGCCUUCUUCCUGCGGGAGGCGCGGCCCCCGUCACCCGCGGUCGCCAACAGCUCUCUGCAGCGCUCGGAGCCCUUCGUGGUGUUCCAGACCAAGGAGCUGCCGGUCCUCAACGUCUCUCUUGGGCCCUUCAGCACCAGCCAGGUGGUGGCGCGGGAGCUCCUGCAGCCGUCCAGCACCCUGGACAUCCCCGAGCGCCUGACGGUGAAUUGGAAGGUGCGGGCCUUCAUCGUCCGCUCGCACGUGCCUGCCUCGCAGCCGGUGGCCCAGGUGCUGUUCUACGUGGCCGGCCGGGACUGGGACGACUUCGGCGUCACCGAGCGGCUGCCCUGUGUCCGCUUGCACGCCUUCCGGGAUGCCCGGGAAGUCAAGAGCUCCUGCCGCCUCAGCGGGGGCCUGGCCACUUGUCUCGUGCGGGCCGAGCUGCCCCUGGCCUGGUUCGGGCCCCCAGCCCCCGCUGCGCCGCCCACGGCCCGUCGCAAGUCCCCGGAGGGGCUGGAGCCCGAGGCGAUGGGAGACAGCCAGCAGGCCGAGCUCUACUACACGCUCCACGCCCCUGAUGCGUCGGGGGGCUGCGGGGGCUCCCGCCGGGGGGCCGGGCCCGGGCUGGGGGCCCGAGCGGAGAGCCCUACCCAGCACCCCCUGCUGCGCAUCGGAAGCAUCAGCCUGUUCCGCCCGCCCGCCAGGAGGACACUGCAGGAGCACAGGCUGGACAGCAACCUGAUGAUCCGCCUGCCAGACCGGCCCCUCAAGCCCGGGGAAGUGCUCAGCAUCCUCCUCUAUCUGGCCCCCAACUCCUCCUCGCCCUCCAGCCCCAGCGUGGAGCACUUCACACUCAGGGUGAAGGCCAAGAAGGGUGUGACCCUUUUAGGUACCAAGUCACGGAGUGGCCAGUGGCAUGUGACCUCGGAGCUGCUGACUGGGGCAAAGCACUCAACAGCCACCGUGGAUGUGGCAUGGGCUCAGGGCACACCCCUGCCCCCCCGGGAAGGCCAGGGCCCCUUGGAGAUCCUGCAGCUGGACUUUGAAAUGGAGAACUUCACCAGCCAGUCGGUCAAGCGGAGGAUCAUGUGGCACAUUGACUACCGUGGCCACGGCGCCCUGCCUGACCUGGAACGGGCAGUCACUGAGCUGACGGUCAUUCAGCGGGAUGUGCAAGCCAUCCUGCCCCUGGCCAUGGACACAGAGAUCAUCAACACGGCCAUUCUGACUGGCCGGACAGUGGCCAUCCCUGUCAAGGUCAUUGCCAUCGAGGUGAAUGGCCUCGUCCUAGAUGUCUCCGCCCUAGUGGAAUGCGAGUCUGACAAUGAAGACAUCAUCAAGGUAUCCAGCAGCUGUGACUACGUGUUUGUGAGCGGAAAAGAGUCUCGAGGGUCCAUGAACGCCAGGGUCACCUUCCGCUACGACGUCCUCAAUGCCCCCCUGGAAAUGACAGUAUGGGUCCCCAAGCUGCCCUUGCACAUUGAGCUCUCAGAUGCCCGCCUCAGCCAAGUGAAGGGCUGGAGGGUACCUAUCCUCCCCGACCGGAGGUCAGUCCGGGAAAGUGAGGACGAGGACGAGGAGGAGGAGGAGCGGCGGCAGAGUGCAAGCCGUGGCUGCACCCUGCAGUACCAGCAUGCCACCCUGCAGGUCUUCACCCAGUUCCACACGACAUCAUCCGAGGGCACCGACCAGGUGGUCACCAUGUUAGGCCCGGACUGGCUGGUGGAGGUCACCGACCUAGUCAGUGACUUCAUGCGGGUGGGCGACCCCCGAGUGGCACACAUGGUGGACAGCAGCACGCUGGCAGGGCUGGAGCCAGGCACCACCCAUUUUAAGGUGGUGUCUCCGCUGACGGAGGCUGUGCUCGGGGAGACACUGCUGACGGUGACGGAGGAGAAGGUCAGCAUCAUACAGCUUCAGGCCCAGGUGGUGGCCAGCCUGGCCCUCUCCCUGCGGCCCAGCCCUGGGAGCAGCCACACCAUCCUAGCCACCACAGCUGCCCAGCAGACCUUGAGCUUCCUCAAGCAGGAAGCCCUACUGAGCCUCUGGCUCUCCUACAGUGAUGGCACCACAGCCCCACUCUCCCUCUACAGCCCCCGAGACUACGGACUGCUAGUGAGCAGCCUGGAUGAGCGUGUGGCCACUGUGACCCAGGACCGGGCCUUCCCUCUGGUAGUGGCUGAGGCCGAGGGGGCAGGGGAGCUGCUUCGCGCAGAGCUAACCAUCGCUGAGAGCUGUCAGAAAACCAAACGCAAGAGUGUGCUGGCCACGACCCCUGUGGGCCUGCGGGUUCACUUUGGGAGGGACGAGGAGGACCCCACUUACGACUACCCGGGCCCCAGCCAACCAGGGCCUGGCGGGGGCGAGGACGAGGCCCGGGGAGCUGGCCCGCCAGGCUCUGCGCUACCCGCACCGGAGGCCCCAGGCCCGGGCACGGCCAGCCCCGUCGUGCCACCCACAGAAGACUUCCUGCCGCUGCCCACCGGCUUCCUGCAGAUGCCACGGGGUCUGACAGACCUGGAGAUCGGUAUGUACGCGCUGCUGGGCGUCUUCUGCCUCGCCAUCCUCGUCUUCCUCAUCAACUGCAUCGUUUUCGUGCUGCGCUACCGGCACAAGCGCAUCCCGCCCGAGGGCCAGACCAGCAUGGACCACUCUCACCACUGGGUGUUCCUGGGCAACGGGCAGCCGCUGCGGGUGCAAGCAGAGCUCUCGCCGCCGGCAGGCAACCCGCUGGAAACCGUGCCCGCCUGCUGCCACGGCGACCACCACAGCAGCGGCAGCUCGCAGACCAGCGUCCAGAGCCAGGUGCACGGCCGGGGCGACGGCUCCUCGGGCGGCUCAGCCCGAGACCAAGCCGAGGACCCAGCCAGCUCGCCCACCUCCAAGCGCAAGCGGGUCAAGUUCACCACCUUCACCACGCUGCCGUCAGAGGAGCUGGCCUAUGACUCGGUGCCCGCCGGCGAAGAGGACGAGGAGGAGGAAGAGGACCUGGGUUGGGGCUGCCCGGAUGUGGCGGGCACCGCGCGGCCCACUGCACCCCCGGACCUGCACAAUUACAUGCGCAGAAUCAAAGAGAUUGCAUAGAGGCGCAAGCCAGAGUAGCAGGGACUCCCCCAGCGGGGCAGCUCGGGGUAGGACACAGCCGGGACCCCUGGUUCACACUGACUGUGGGCGGCUGAAUUGAUUUUAUACUCCCCGCCCCCGCAGCUCGGCUCCGUGCGGGGCGAGCCGCCUCCGUGUCUGGGCCUUCCCUCGCCUCACACCAUUACCCUCUUCUGCCCCCUGCAGGUGGAGGGCUCUUCCUCCAGUGGCUCGCAAGGAGGAAAGCAACCUCAGCCUCUGUUCUACCCUUUCCAAACCUCCUCCCAUCUUAAGCAACCCCCUGCCCCAAGAGUGAGGCAAGGAGGUCCAGCUUGGGGUCAGGUGGGCCCACGCUGUGUCCAGGCCCUGCCUCCUGUCCCCCGUGUCGUCCCCCUGUGCAGGGGGUUCUGUGGGGGUCUUGUGUCACAGGCUGCACAAAGACUUUCCUCAAACUAAUAUUCAGGGAUUUCUGUCCUGCAGGGUGGGGAGGUGGCGGCUGCCUGCCCUGCCAAGGAUCUUGCUGUGGACGAAAUAUCUGGGGGUUAGGGGGACAGUUGUAGCAUCUGCUGGCAUUCGGGUGCCUCCCAGGACCUGGGAGCUGACUCUACAGAGAGGUCUGGUGCCAAGCCAGGCACCUUCCUGAGUUCUCAGGACUCCCACCUCUGCUCCAAGGGCUUUGGGCAGGGACCUAAAGGGGAAAGAGUCCUGGAUCCAUCUCUAGCCAAAUCACACCCCAGAGCCAGAGGCCUGGGGACCUCCUUGCCUUCUCCUUCCCCCACAGCAAGGUCAACACUACUACGCCUUAGCCACCCCUCACCCUUCUCACUGCGCCUUCCCUAUGCAGCACAGGGCAGGCAGCCACCUAUCCCUCACAAGACGGAACCCGGGAGGGGAGUAGAGGGCACCAGGGAAUGUUAUGAGGGACUUUAGGGUGGGCAAACGCAGAAGGGAGCCAGUGUCACCCGUACCCCAUCCCACAGCCAUUUUUCUCUCGGGUUCUGCCCACCACUGUGUCGGAUUUUUCUUAAAUAAAUGGAAGCGGUCAGACUUGAGGUGGGGGCAGCAGCUCCCAUGAACAGAUAGUACA